AUGUAUAACUGGCUUGAAUGUAAAUUUGAUUUCGAAGGUCAGAGGUUGGCCGAAUCGAUAUCGCAAAUAAGCAUAACCUCAUUUGCUACUUUAGGAUUUCUACUCGGUUUUCUACUUCAAGAUCUUCAGAUAACAGCAAUAAUUUUUCUGGCCGGGAUAGCCGUAACUGCCUUAAUCGUCUUACCUUCUUGGUCAAUUUAUAAUAAAAAUCCUGUUCAAUGGCUUCCUGAAAUUCCUGUGGAUAAAAAAUCCGAAUAA